UGAGAGAAAUAAAGGAGAAGGAUUCACGGAUUAAGAUAAAUUCCUCAUUUUCAUUACAGGCUUGGAGGUGGAGGAUCUCAGUGUUGGUGCCCCGAGCUUGGGAGUUAGGCGGGUCGGAGCCAGUCCUGCCCCACUUUGUGCCCACCGGUGUUGGGGAUGGUAGGGCUGCAAAAGUGAGCACGCACUCGUCUAAGAGCUUCCUCCUUUCUUCUCUUUCCCCCCUUUUUCCUCUCUCCCUACAUCAGCUCCUCACUUUGACUUGUGCUUAUAUGAACGGGAGCCAGAAAACCUUGAGAGCUCCAAACUAAGCUUCGGCACGGACAUGGCACAGGAGAAAAUGGAACUAGGCUUGGAGGUGCUGCCGAGUUCAACCACCACAGAAGACAACACUCUGAGAAGAUCCAACAGCGUCCCUUUGAUCAGUGGGCUUGGGGGUAAUACACAGGUGUUCCAAUCUGACACAUUAAGAACUCGAAGAAACAGUACAUCGUGUAUGGCACAGCACUGUCUGGCUUCCACCAGUCACCUUCAUCAAAUCAAACAGGAAGAAGCCAUGAAUUUAAUGAAUAGGGAAACAAUGCAUGAAUGGUGAAAUGACAUUUGAACAUCAGCCAAAGAGAUUUUUCCAAGACACAACCAACGUGCUUUCUUCUGAUACUACCCAGCUAUCUGAUAGGAAUGUAUUAGAGAAGAGCUGGCUUAGUCAGACCUAGAACCUCCCCGUCUGUGUCUGCUCAAGGCAUUACCAACCGAAUAGCUCCAUCUGAAACGUCAGACCUGUAGAUUAAAAUUAAAAAGGGGAAGAUGCAGUCUCUGACAGUUUGUUCCCAAUGAAGAAAUUAAGAUGGAAAAGGAAAAGUUUGUUCCUAAGUCUGUAGUUCUAAUCCUCAAGAGUGAAGGAGUUAUGGUGUGUGGGGUAGGGUUCUCUUAAAAGAAAAAUUGUAUAAAUGAAGUGUUUUGUAGGGCACUUAAAAGAAAUGCAGGAUUGUGCUUGAUGUUUCUUAACUUUUUAUUUUGAAAUAAUUGUAGACUCAUAGGAAGUUCCCCUUCACUCCAUCUCCCCCAAUGAUCACAUUGCACAUAAUUAUAGUACCAUAUAAAGGCCAUGAAGUGGACAUAGGUACAAUGUGUGUGUAUAGUUCUACACCAUUUUAUUACAUGUAUAGAUUCGUGGAACCACCACCGCAAUCAAGACACAAAAGUAUUCUGUCACCACAAAGAUCUCCCUGGUGUGCCCCUUUAUAGUCACACCUACCCCGUCCCCCUCCACCAUCCCUAACCUCUGGUAACCAUUAAUUUGUUCUCCAUCUCUAUAAUUUUGUACUUUAAAAAGUACAGUUUCCGUAAGAAAAUGGGUUGGCACCUCUAGUUUUCACAGAAUUUCAGGCCUGAAGGAGUAACUUCUCCAGCCCAGUCUCCCAUCCCAUGCCCAAAUUCUGUCUACGACAUCUCCUCCAAGUGUCCAGCCAGCCCCUAUGACAUGCAAACCAGAACGUUCUCCAGGAUUUUAGGAGUGUUGAGUUAUUUGAUAUAAAUAUUUAUACCAAGGACAUUGUUUCCUUCCGUAAAUUUAUUCAGUAGUUAGCAAAACUCUUACCUUUAGAUUAAAUAUUACAAAAUGCCCUCUCACCUGCUGAUUUUUCCCAUCACACACUGUCCUGGCCCAAACAAACAUCUCCUUUUUCCAUUCCUUUUACGUAAUGAGAGGGAUGAGAUGCGGGAAGCCUGGGAGGCUCACAGAAAAUUCCAGAAAUCCCUUCCUUAACUACAGAUUAGUCUGGCUCCCAGCAGUUGGGGCCUUUCAAAUGUAUGUGGUUCAUGUGUGGAAUUUAUUUCUUGGGCUGAUUGUGUGUUAUCUACAUGGUAUCUACAAGGGUCAUUCUGUUAGAUAAUCCGAACUGGAGCCCAACUCCCCAGGACUCCCUUGUGGGGAAGAGAGCUUUACGGGGCACCCUAUAGCCCGUUGUAGGAACAUCAGAAAAUAAUGACUCAAAGUCAUGGUAAAACUGGAAGGGGCUAGCAGAAGUGAAGCUAUGGGGGUUCCCCCACCUCCUCUCCCCUGGACUAUUUUGAAAUCUUUUCACGAACUUAACUCGCUCUUCACGUCACGAAGAGCGCUGUGCUCUCCACAGCUGGAUAGCAGCACAUACACAGAUCCAGACUCAGACCCACUAGGACGUGCCCUUUAGAAUAAAUUCGAACUAAUGGUUCCCUCCAUAGCCAGCCCCAGAAGUAGAGGUGGGGAAGGCAUCUGACUUUGGCCCAGGAGACACUGCAGUCUACUGAAUGCCCUCUUCUUGAAGUUGGCACAACAGUGCCCCAGCUCCCUACUUUCUGAGUAGGGGCCCCUGCCUUCCAGAAUAUUCCUGACUUCCCCUUAGGUGGGGAGAGUAUGAGCAGUGAGGAAAGGAAGGACAGAAUGCAGCUAGCUUUGUGCCCCACCCCAAGUGCCAUUCCUCUGGGUCCAUAGCACAGCUUACAACCCAAAGGCCUUCAGUACUCGUGUCUCAGUGUCUUCCCCCUCACCAAAUGACCCAUGGGUGUAACUUGUAAUUUCCAAAGUGAAAAGGUAUUUCCAACUAAUUUAAUAAUCCUGGCAUGUUCUCAGCUGCCUUAGUUUUUUUAGGGGAUAGUUUUGUGGCUACUCUUGUGCUACCUUUUUCUUCAACCUGUGUUAAGUGGAAAGAAGAGAGGGCCGGCUCACCAUCAGGAUGCUGAUCUAGGCUGUGCCCCUUCCUUGCUGGAGGGCAAUUAACUUCAACUGUCAGAGCCUCUGUUUCCUCAUCUUCACAAGAGGGAUCAAUAAUAACUGCCCUCCUAACCUUACAAAGGUGGUCAUUUAGAUAAAUAGAUCUUAGAAAUGUCUUUGUGAGAUUUUCAGAGGGAAAAUAUAGUGAUCAAAAUAUUCAAAUACAGUAUUAAAAUACUAUUUAAAAUCUCCUUCAAUGUGUAGAAAAACAUUCUUAAGAUAACUUUCAUAAGACAUCCAUUUUACCUUAGGUGGCUUUAUUUGGGCCUCUUUUGACUCAAUUCCUAGUAUUGUUCAUUAUAUUUUUUAGCAUGAGGGCAAGGUUGGCCAUAAAAUGUUAUGAAAUCUAUUAGAA